CUACCAGACCAGCCACAGGACCAUCACCGCCAGCACCUGACCGGACCUGUGGGAGGCCCGGCGGCACGGCAGGCAACUCGGCGAAGCAAAAGCUCGAGGAGCGCGCGCGGCUUGUUGUCUUCCCCACCGGCCUCCCCGCCCCUAUAUAUACCUCCCGCGCGCGUCCCGCCUCUCUCCGUCACCCGCUCCAUUCCCAGAUCUAGAAAGAGGCUUCUGCUGAAGACAAAGAAGCAAGCUAGGUAGAUGAUGAGACCGGAGAGAGGAGGUGGAGGAGCGGCGGCGGAGCUAAUGGCAGGCGGCGGCGCGCGGCCGAUGAGCCUGUGGCGGACGCCGACGCCGUACCUCUUCCUGGGCUUGGCCUUCAUGAUGGGCCUCAUCGCGGUGGCGCUCCUCGUGCUCAUCUGCACACGACGCAAGCCCUCAUCGCGCCGCUGGGACGAGGAGGAGCGGGCGGCGCCGUCCUCGGUGCGCGUCCUCGUGCCGCUCGACCGGGAGGCGCCCAAGGUCGUCGUCGUCAUGGCUGGCGACGCCCUGCCGUCCUUCCUCGCCAGCGCCAAGCCGCUCGUCGUCCCCUCCCCCGGCCCGCCGCCGCCACACGCGGCGCCUGAUGAGGGCGGUGCCGCUGCGGCCGACCUCUAUGCACCUGCCUGUGCUUGUGCACCUGCCUGACCUGCUGGUUGGCUGGCCAGGACGGCCCCUGGGUGAGCUGAGACGCACGCACAGCACAGAGGUAUUCAGGGUUCAGGCCUUUCAGGGCAGUCGUCCUCUAUGCCAAGUGUCAAGUAUAGCCAUUAAUAUCCUCUUACGUUACAUUGCUCGUGGCUGUAAAAUCGACGUCAUAUAAUAAAAGUACUGAUAAAUUGCUAAUAAAACAGUACUAAAUCUGUACGAUAUAUUAAUUGCUAUG